UUGGAGUCCCGGGGCCCACUGGGGAAGAGACCGGAAGGGACUUGACGUGGCGCUUUGGGAAAAGGAAAGGAAGAGGAAGGGCGGAGGACCAUGGCGGCUCUGCUACCUGUUUGCCCGGGUCUAGGGCGGACGAGUCUGACACGCUGGGUGCUGGCUGCUGCCUGCCCUCCCGAUCGUGGAGCUCGCGCGGUUCUAUGGAGAAGAGGUUGUUCACAGUAUAAACAGGAGGCCAGCAAUAAGGACCUGCCCAUUCCAAUGGAAAAUCCUUAUAAGGAACCUCUUAAGAAAUGUGUCUUAUGUGGGAAACGUGUAGAUUAUAAGAAUGUUCAGCUUUUGUCUCAGUUUAUUUCUCCAUUUACUGGAUCAAUUUAUGGAAGGCAUAUAACAGGUCUUUGUGGGAAGAAACAGAAAGAAAUAACAAAAGCAAUUAAAAGAGCUCAAAUCAUGGGAUUCAUGCCAGUUACAUACAAGGAUCCUGCUUAUCUCAAAGACCCCAAAGUUUGUAACAUCAGAUAUCCGGAAUAAAUUGUGAAGUUAUUGCUAAUAAAUUCUUUUCUAAUAA